AUGACCAAUCGCAGGCGUAUAGUGGUGGCCAUUGUGUCUUUGGUUGUGGUGAUUGUCGUUGUGACGAACUUUUCGGUAUCUCGCCUGAGAAAUCUCCGUCUCUCAAACAUUGACAAUCUAGUUGGCAUGCUGUCCUUAAUCUCUAGUGAAAACAGCAAGAAGCAGGAUGAAUUCUUCAAAAAACUUGAGAAAAUGCAACAGCAGCUAUACUCCAAACAGGAAGAGCGACUCAAGAAUUUGGAGAGGCAGAAUGAGUACCUCAUUGAGCAGAUCAAACUCAUGAGAACACCUCCAGAUACAUUUUCCCUUCGCGAGAAGUUGGCUUUUAUGGUACCGUAUGAUCCUAAGACAAAAUUUCCAGCCUAUGUUUGGCAGACCUGGAAGCAUGGCUUAAAUGAUGACCGGUUUGAUGCUGUCUUCAAGGAGGGGCAAGCACAGUGGGCAGUAAAGAACCCAGGUUUCGUCCAUGAGCUCUUCAACGACGACACAACAUUCGCCACGGUGAAGCAUCUCUAUCAACAUGCGCCAGAAGUUGUUGAAGCGUACAAACUGAUGCCAGAGGUAAUUUUGAAAAUGGACUUCUUCAAGUACUUGAUUCUCUUUGCAAAAGGAGGUGUGUACGCUGACGUUGACACUGUUCCAUUGCAGCCUGUACCUAAUUGGAUUCCAGAGAACGUGUCUCCAAAAGAACUCGGCAUCAUAAUAGCAGUUGGCUCCGACUCUAAGCUGGCAAAUUGGAGACUGGAUACCGUUCGCAGAUUAGAGUUUGGCAAUUUUGUGAUACAAAGCAAGCCUGGUCAUCCUAUUCUCAGGGAGAUCAUUGCGUUGAUAACAGAAAACACUUUACGUCUAAGAAGAACGCUUAAGGAUGGAGAGCAACUCACCUUAGAUGGGCUGCCAAACCAAAAAUCUUUGGCCAUCUCAAAGUGGACUGGAAGCGGUAUAUGGACAGACACAAUUCUCGAAUAUCUCAAUGACUAUGUCAGGCUGUCAAUUUAUCAAUCUGUCUCAUGGAAGGACUUCCAUGCUUUGGAAAUGCCUAAGUUAGUCAGCGACAUCUUGGUUUUACCAAUUAAAUCGUUUGCAUCUACAGUCGAAGUUCCUAAGGACGGAAAGAUCAGCGACCCCAUUGCAUUUGUCAAGCACUACCUGGCGAACAUUUGGAAGUCUGGCUAA